UCUGAUGUCACGGUUACACGAGUACAGAGGAGUUUCUCGGUUGAAGGUUAUAAGAAUGAUGCAAGUCUAUUUUGUGAUGACGGUAUCCAAAAGGUUGCCAUAUUGUAUUAUUUUCGGAUUAAUUUAUUUUGUAACCAUUAAAGGUGAUGAUUGCACAACAAAUCGAACAGACGCCGGGGCUAUUUACAUCAGACAACUGAAGGAAGCCAUCGACCUCGCCGCCUGCCGCCUUGUUGAUGCUGUCACUUAUAUAGAUUAUGACGUCACAGAUGGAGAAGAAUUUGACUUUAUCGUGAUUGGAGCAGGAUCCGCCGGGUGUGUGGUGGCCAACAGACUCUCGGAGAACCCCGACUGGAGAGUCUUGUUGCUGGAGGCUGGAGGAGACCCCGAUAUCACAAGCGAGAUUCCAAGGUUCUUUGGAGCGGCUAUUAACACCGACUUUGACUGGCACUUUCUUACACAGCCUGAGCCAACAAAUUGUCUAGGAAUGGUGAAUGGGAGCUGUAUCUGGCCUGCGGGCAAAUUUAUCGGAGGCUCAAGCACGAUGAAUAGUAUGUUGUACGUUAGAGGAAAUCCGAAAGAUUACGACCAUUGGGAGUUUCUUGGUAACCCUGGUUGGAGCUAUAAGUACAUGUUACAUUAUUUCAAAAAGUCGGAAGAUCUGAGAUCCAAAGAAGUUGAGAUGAAUGAAAAAGCAUGGUUUUACCAUGGAAAAGGAGGAUAUUUAAAAAUUGAAUCUUAUGGAGGUAACAUCGACUUUUACACUGAUUUACUUUCCAGUGGAUUUAAUGAACUAGGAUUACAAUACCUUACCGAUAUCAACGCUGAUCGUCAUGAGGGUCUUUUCAAAAUUCAAGGAACGCUUAAUCAUUCAAGGCGGUGCAGUACAGCAAAGGCGUUUUUACACAACUUUCAGUCCAGACCAAAUUUGAAAACUUGUAAGAACUCACUAGUAGUUAAGAUUUUAAUAAAUAAUAAUAAAAUAGCACGAGGUGUGCAGAUUAAAAAGAAUGGAAAAAUAAUCACAGCCUUUGCCAAAAAAGAAGUUAUCUUAUCGGCAGGCACUGUCAACUCCGCGAAAUUGUUGAUUCUCUCAGGUAUUGGACCUCGAAAACACCUUGAGGAUCUAGGGAUUAAUGUUAUUAUGGAUUUGAAGGUUGGCUACAACUUACAAGAUCAUAUCGUUGUAAGAGGAAUGAUAGUAAGCUUAAACGUAGAUAUUCAAUCAAAUGACACUGUAGAUGACACUUUCCAAUUUUUAGUCCAUUCAAGAGGAAAUUUAUCCAGAAUCAGGUUCCUUCAUCUCUUAGGUUUUAUUAAGACUGUUCAAGCAGAAUACCCAAAUAUACAAUUUUAUUUUUGGUACUUUGCAAAAAACUCGAUCGAGAGUUUUAGACAGUCUUUGGUCAGUGUGGGUUACAAUGAUGAUAUCAUAAAUGCUGUUUUAGACAUAAAUUCCAGGAACAACAUCCUGUAUAUUUUCCCCCUUCUGCAACGACCGGCAAGUCGAGGAAGAAUUCUCUUGAGAAGCACUGAUCCUGAAGAUUAUCCUCUUAUAUACCCAGGAUAUUUUACGCAAGAGUCCGAUAUCACAGAGUUGCUAGAGGCUAUCCAGUUCACGAAUUUUCUGACAAAUACUGAAGCUUUGAAACAAUUUGAGGCCAAAGUGGAGAAGAUUGACAUCCCAGCCUGUAACCAGUUCACAUUCCAGUCUGAAUCCUAUUGGCGAUGUAACAUGGCUCAGAUGGCUACUCCCUCCUACCAUCAGGUCGGCUCCUGUCCAAUGGGUCCCAUUGAGAACGGAUGGUCUGUGGUAGAUCCUCAACUGCGAGUCCACAAUAUCACGGGUUUGAGAGUGAUCGAUGCCUCGAUCAUGCCUACAAUCACCAGUGGUAACACCAACGCUCCUGUGAUCGCCAUUGCGGAGAAAGGCUCAGACCUCGUUAAACAAUGUUGGAAAGAAAAGUGAAUAUUUCUUUGUUUACUAUUUCUUGUCAAAUUAAAAUCGAUAAAUUUAA